AUCCUGUACUAUAUUUCUUUCUUACAGUUAUAAUAUAAAAUAUAGCGUAAAAUCGAAUAAUUGAAAAUAAGUAUGGACAGUGCAGUAAAACAAGAAGAAAUAAUGGAAGGUUAUGAUGUGGAGGUUGCUGGUGAUGUAUUUAAAGAUGCAUAUUGUAUUAUUUGUUUGAAGUUGAUGCGUGAUGCUAUUCAGAUGAACUGUGGACAUGGAAUGUGUAAAGCAUGUUUUCAUGCAUUGAGCGAAUCAUGCAGACAAAGAAACAUUGAGUUGGUUUGUCCAUCGUGUCGACAAAAUGUCAAUAAGGAUCAAGUAUUUCACAACUCAAUGCUUGAUAGAAUCAUAGCUGCAAUAAAAGUGAAAUGUACAAAUAAUGAACUUGGUUGUGAAUGGAAUGGAGAAUUGCAGAUGAUGGAGGAUCAUCAGUCUACUUGCAAAUAUCAAAUGGUAGAAUGUCCGUUUGAUGGAUGUAAUGAAGAAAUGCAAAGACAAGCAUUACAUAAACACAAAUCAAUUUGUGAAUAUAGAGUAAUACAAUGUGAUUAUUGUACUGAAUCAUUUCUUCCAAAUGAACUUCAAAAUCAUUUUGAAGUUUGUGAAUAUUAUCCUGUCACAUGUUCAAAUCAGCUGUGUUCAGAAUUGGUUCCAAAAUGCAAGGUUGAAAAUCAUCUUUUAAAAGAUUGUUUAUACCAACACAUUAAUUGUUCAUUCCAUUCAAUUGGCUGCUCUGUAAAGGUCUUACGAAAAGAUUUGAAUCAACAUUCGAUGGAGUACAACCAACAACACAUGUUGUUCUUGUUACAAGAUUCUCAUUUGAAGAAUAAAAUGAUUGAACAACUACAAGACGAAAACAAAAUGAUUAGAUUAGAAGCUGCUGAAAGUGAUCAAAAAUUACUCACAAAGAUUGAAUUAUUAGAAAAUGACAUCAUUACUGUGAGAGAAGAAGCUAAGGUAACUGACAACAAACUCAAUAAAUACAAAGAACAAUAUGAAAAUGUCAUCUUAAAGUUAAUAAACAUUGAACUAAAAUUUCAAACAUUAACUUGCCUUACUCCAGACGAAUUAACUGGGUCUUUUACAGAUAAUGAAGGUGAAAAAAAAGUGGCCAAGAAAGAAGUUAAAGCUAAUGUAAAAGAAGAAAUCUUAAAUGAUCCUUCUGUCACAAACACAGAGUUAGACGUUAUGAUUUGCGAAACUUUUAAUCUAAAUAGAGUUGAGAGAGCAUUAACGAAUUUCAAAAAUGCACAAAAGCAAAAUUAUGAUGAGUGUUUUUUAAGAGAAUUGUCAAGUCUUUCUGGUGUUUCAGAAACUGUUAAGAGUGGAAUAGCUUUGCCUCUGUCAUACUGGAGUGGUGUUAUGGAAUCUUUAAAGCGGAAUUCAAAAAUUUAUAAUUUUCAGCAAGUUUCAAGAAUAGAAAGAUUUUGUGACAAUUUAAAGAAUUUCUUUGAUAGAGAUUUCUCAGUGUUUGGGAAGGACAACAUUGUCGAAUUAAAAAAUUGUGUUUACAUCAGGUAUCAAUUAUCUAGUAUGUCUAACAAGCGGCAAGAAUUUAAAUCUGCCAAUCAUGAGUUUGAAUUAAUACUAAGUAAUAAUAAAGUGUGUGUUGCAGCAAAAGAAAUAAAAGAAGUUUUUUCGAUAAAUCAAAAUGGUGAAAGAACUAAAUUAGAGUAUUAUCCAUCAAUGAACCAACAUGAAUGCAAAGUCUGUAACGAAUUGAUGCAAAGUAAAUAUAUAGUAAACGGCUGGUUUUUGUUAGAAAUCGUAUACUGAUUUUUUAUGGUGUAAAGAAAUUUGGAAAGUUGUUUAUAUUUGGACAAUUGGUGAUACAACUUAUGGAGAGAUUUAAUUUUUACUUUAAAUUUGUGUAACACUACACCUAAACAAACCAUCAAUCCUUAGGGGAGAGGGUAAUGAUUUUCAUCAACAACAAAGAAGAAAUAACUAUUAAUCAACCCUGACUUCUGGAUAUGAAAUUACCUAUGGGUUAUUAGCUUCCUUUAAAUAUUGUAUUAUGUAUUUAGUAUUAUUAAUUAUGCGUGAACAAAUGAAAUACACAGCAAAUCAAUAAACGAUUAGCCUCAGAAGAAUAAAGCCAUGCACUCGUUAUAAUUGGUUGAUCAGGGGAAUUGUUUCACAAUGUCGAUUUUAAUUAUGUUUUAAUUUUAUGAUUUUGUUGUAAGAAAUAUAUAAAUUUGAAUAACAUUGCGCCAAUCCGCUUUGGCGUGUUGUAUAAUGUUA